AACGAAACGCUCAGAGAGAUAUUUUUACUUCCGGGUGAAUCGCUCUUCCUUUCCUGUCGGCCAUUAGUCGUAUACGAUUUGUAAGCGACCAGCUGUACAGCCUUUAAACAUGCAGAACGACGCUGGUGAAUUUGUGGACCUUUACGUCCCACGUAAAUGCUCUGCUAGCAACAGAAUCAUUGGAGCCAAGGACCAUGCUUCCAUCCAGAUCAACAUUGCUGAGGUUGACAAGGUGACUGGUCGCUUCAAUGGUCAGUUCAAGACCUACGCCAUCUGCGGCGCCAUCCGCAGAAUGGGCGAGUCUGAUGACUCCAUCCUGAGGCUGGCAAAGAAUGACAACGUUGUUGCAAAGAACUUCUGAGUGUGACGCUGGAUCUGUGGAGUCUUUGUAAAAUAAAAUGGGGGAAAAAAACACCAUGUCGUUGCUGUAAUUUCUUAAUAACCAGUGAAAGUGUUCUGCACAGUGUAUAUCAGCAGUCUAGAUGUUUUAUUGUCAACCUUUUAGACGGCAGAAGUUUUUCUUCAGUGAGACUUAAAAAUCUUCAAUCCAGAUUUUUUUCACACAUAAUCUGAUAUUUUAAUCUACGUGAAUAUUGAAAUGAAUAUUUGAAAUGAAGUUGGUGAUGGUCCCAAAAUUAUCUGGCAGUAAAUAAUCAUGAUGAAGACAUACAAACCAAGUGAAUAUAAACAGCUAGUAAAAUAAAGUGUCACAUGCACAGUGAUGCAGUGCAUCCAUUAUCAUAAUGUGCUGGUGAAAGUAAGAAAACGUGUCUUUGCAGUAUGACAUCUUGGGUGGUCUGAAGUCACCAGCUCUGUAUUGAUUUUAAAAUAGCUGUUGAGAUGUGACCUCUAAGGUCAGUAUAAACCACCACAGGAUACACUGUAAGAUGUUUUUCACGGUUUCUUGCGGUUGCUAUUACUGAAACUAUCAAUUAUGCUAUAUAUAUAUGUAUAAUUAUACCAUAAAUAUAUUUUCCUUGCAUUGUGGCUCAAGUUCUCUCAAAUUUUGGGAACAGCGCCCCCAUAGAUAAGUAAUAAGUAGUAAUUGUCAGUUUUGUGUGGCGAAAGAUGAUAUUGCAACGCGCAGGUACGGAGGCGAGGGACCCCUUUAAAUUCGGCCGACGGGAUUCCGGGUGUAAUUGACUUGCUUUGGCUAAAAGUUAUGAUUAUCAGCCAGAUGUAAUUCCUUUAUGUUGCUGGUAAAUUGUGAAUAGUCUGAAACAUCUGCAGCCAGGUCCCGCUCCUAGUAAGUCGUAAAAAGUUCAAAACAUCGGCAGAGUUAGCUAAUUUGCUCGUUUUGUUUGUCACAGUUAGCUAGUGUUAGCCGGUGACAAACGGAAAUCUUAGCAACAAACGAGGAAAAAAUGACGGAAGUAAAGAUUUUAUUCCUCGUUAGCUACUCAUGCUUGACAUUUUUACCAACGAUGCUUUGCAAAUCGUACGUUAGAAAUAACAUUUUUGUAUGUUUUUUUUCUAUUGUUACUUGUGGGCGUUUGUUCAAUAGGGUAGCAGAUUAAGUCAAGUAUACACGACAGUUUAUUGACAAAAGAUCUCUGCUAACUCGAUCUCCGUCCGUGAUUUGUGUCUCGAAUAUCUAGUAAUAUUUAUUCUUGUUUUUUCACACCAUUAAAACCAUUUGGAAGUAAAACAUCCGGGAAUUGAAAAUUGCCUUUUAAAAAAUCAGGACUGGAGACACUUGGCUCAUGAACCAAAAAUAUCAGUGGAGCUCUCUUUUAUAAUAGCCCACAGUGAAAUGAUUUGACAUGGUUAUUCAACACUAUAAAAUUGUGAAAAGGAAUAAGAUCUGAGUGAUGUGGAGGGGAAAAAAGCGUCUUGAAUCUCACCAAACCAGGUUAGUGUGACGCUCUUGAUCUCCCCAUGGUUUAACUGAUUUAAAAACAGCUUUGAGGCCUUGUUAGACCAGUACCAGAACUAUUAAUUUUUUAAAUCUGUGAUUUACUGAUGUCUGGCUUUGUAAAGACAUGCUGUACAGUAUUUUGCAAUUAUCUGAUCAUAUUGCUCAAAUGCAUUGCAUGUGUUCAAGUUAUUGUGCGUGCUGUCUACACGCACACACUUAGUUGGUCAACCAAUCAGAAUUCCUUUAUAGAAUUUCCCCUCGGGGAUAAAUAAAGAAAUUCUGAUUCUGAUUCA